AUGAGUGCCACGAAGGCGCAGUCUCAAAAAAUCUUUGAGAAGGCCAAGCUGAAGCCCGCGAACAAGGUGUGCUUCGACUGCGGCAGUAAAAACCCGACAUGGUCAUCAGUUCCAUUCGGUAUCUACCUGUGCCUUGAUUGUUCGGCUCACCACCGUAAUCUCGGUGUGCACAUCUCCUUUGUCCGAUCAACAAACCUCGACCAGUGGCAAUGGGAGCAACUGCGCCUGAUGAAGGUUGGUGGAAAUGAGUCUGCGACCAAGUAUUUCCAAUCGCACGGAGGUUCCGCUGCGCUGGCGAGCAAGGACACGAAGGUGAAAUACACGUGCAAUGCGGCUGUCAAGUAUAAGGAGGAACUUAAGAGGCGCGCUGCGCUGGAUGCGCAACAGUACCCCGGGGAAGUCAUUAUUACGGAUCUCCCCGCUGGCACUCCCUCGGAUGACUCGAGCACCCCUGCUGGCGACGGCGACGAUGAUUUCUUCUCCUCCUGGGACAAGCCCUCCAUCAAGCGUCCGAGCAAUCCCCCCUCUCCUUUCCUGAACGCCGGCCCCAACGCAAACGGAUCCCGCUCGAAAUCUCCCCUGUCUGCUUCGGAAGAAAAGGCCGCCUCUCCCGCGCCGACUGCUAUCCGGCCCACCAAUGUUACUCGGAAGACAUCUACAGCUAGCUCUGCAAAGAAGGGCAGUGUCCUUGGUGCCAAGAAGGCGCCCAAGCUCGGGGCUAAGAAGGUUGCUGCUGCGGAUAUUAUUGAUUUCGAUGAGGCAGAACGCAAGGCCAAGGAAGAGGCUGAGCGCAUUGAAAAGCUUGGCUACGACCCCGAGGCUGAGCAGGCGGAAGCCGACGCCAAGAAGGCCGCAACUGCUGCCGCCGCCGUCCCGAUUGCUUCUCCUAUCCCAGUCAGUCCUGCUGGCAAGACUAGUGAGCGAAGCUCAGGUGAUGUGGAGCGACUAGGCAUGGGUGUGAGCAGACUUGGUUUUGGCCAGGUGUCGAAGCCCGCUGCCCCCAAGAAGCCAACAUUUGGUUCUGUUGGCCCUGCCAAACCCAGCCCUGCUGAGGAAGCUGAACUCACCCAGACCAGAACCCGAUUUGGGGCCCAGAAGGGUAUCUCGUCCGAUGAAUUUUUCGGACGAGAUCGGUUUGAUCCCGCCGCCCAGUCAGAGGCUAAGGAACGUCUCCGCCAAUUUGAUAGUGCUACAUCCAUUUCCAGCAACAGCUACUUCGGCCGGCCCGAGGAUGAGGUCAGUUCACUUGACGAUGGCUAUGGUGAUAUGGAGGUUGCUGCUAAAGAUUUCAUCCGCCGCUUUGGUAUCACGGCUGGGGAUGAUCUUGAGAACCUGUCGCAUCUUGUCGGCGAAGGUGCAACUAAGCUACAAGGUGCUAUCCGCAAUUAUCUGAACAACUAG